AUGGCUGUAAACGCUUCUGUCGCGUUCGACCUCCCUCCUUUGCCGACCUAUACACUCAAACCGCGAGAGAACCUACUUGAUCCCAUUCCCGAUAACGUUCUUGCGCUCCUUUUGCCCAUCGUCGCCUACUGGGCCCUAUCCAUGGUUUAUCACUAUCUGGAUGUUAAUGAUUACUUUGUUGAAUACCGACUCCACACCCCCGCAGAGGUCCUGAAGCGGAAUCGCGUGACCCGCUGGGAAGUUGUCCGCGAUGUCGUGUUGCAGCAAAUAAUCCAGACUGUGGCCGGUCUGGCGUUCGUAUAUUUUGAUGCAGAGGAAACCGUUGGACGGGAGGAGUACGAUGUGGCCGUGUGGGCGCAGCGAUUGCGGAUUAUCCAGAAGGCCAUCCCAUCAUUGUUGACUCUAGUUGGGGUGGAUGCGGUUGGUCUCUCCAAGUCCAUGUCCCAGAGCGGCCAUACGAUCCUUGCCGGAGCUUUGGCCGGUGGCAUUUAUCCGGGUGUGACACAAUCGCAAAUUCUCGAGAACGGCGCUGAAGUUCUCGUCCCCGCUUUCAUGGGUUGGGAACUUACAGUUGCCAGCUUCGUCUAUUGGUACUUCGUCCCAACUCUGCAAUUUAUGCUCGCUAUCUCUAUUGUGGAUACUUGGCAGUAUUUCCUCCACCGCGCAAUGCACUUGAACCGGUGGUUGUAUGUGACCUUUCACUCCCGUCAUCACCGCCUCUAUGUUCCAUAUGCCUUUGGCGCUCUCUACAAUCAUCCAGUUGAAGGAUUUCUCCUGGACACUGCUGGUACUGGAAUCGGAUUCUUGAUUUCCGGCAUGAACACCCGCCAGGCCAUGUGGUUCUUCACAAUGUCAACUAUCAAGACUGUUGAUGAUCACUGUGGUUAUGAAUUCCCCUGGGAUCCAUUGCAACACUUCACCUCCAACAAUGCCGCCUACCAUGACAUUCACCACCAAAGCUGGGGUAUCAAGACCAACUUCUCUCAGCCUUUUUUCAUCUUCUGGGACCGCCUUCUUGGCACCCAGUGGACUGGCGAUGUCAAGCAGCGCUAUGAGAGAGCGCGUGAGAAUGCCCAGAAGCAAGUGGACUUUGAUACUGCCCAGGCAACUGAAAAAACUCCUACCGUAACGGUCACAGAGGAGCGCGAACACGAGCGCGUGAUAGUCUCGCUGGAGGGACCCGCGACUCGCACUCGUCUGCGUCGGAAGACUGUCGACAGUCUCAAGGGCCCAAGCCACGGAGUCCCCGGAAGUGUUCUCCACAACUAA